CCUGCUCUUCUGGGUGGGGAGAGGAUGCCUCCCUAUGAAUGGUGCUCAAGUCUGAACUCCUGGGAGGUUGCUGUUUUGGAUCGGCUCUUGGGGUGACGCUGUGUGGCUGUGCAAAGCCUGGGAACACGGGGGCAUUAGGACCAGGAGCGAGACGCACACUUGGCUCCCUGUCCUAUCUGGCAGAGGGUUCCUGCAGAGCUGGAGGUAUGUGUGAAAGGAAACCCCGACCGUGCCUGCCGGCUUUACAUCUGUUGCUCUGACCUGACUCAAGGCAUCCCAAGGAGGAUGUCUGUCAUCUUGGCUUGACUGAAUCCCCCAGCAACUCGCCCCAGACAGCUUGUAGAACCUGACCACUCAUGCAGAGGGGGAAAGAACAUGGGCUAAUCACCAGAGCAGGAUGGACAAGAGCAGGGUGAGAGAGGAGCCAACAACCGGAGACCCUUCUCAGAAGACAGCUAACACUCAGAGAGGACCCAGGAGCCCAGGCUCUGGUGGCUUUCUGAUUCUAGAGGGCAGUGGGUCUUAUAAAUGCUACGUUAGCAUAUAGACGUUAGCAAACGUCUGGUGGGAUAAGAGGUGCAGGUGGAUGGCAAAAAGCCUUUUAGCUGGAAUGAACAGCCCAGGUUCAGUUUCGAGCUUGAAGGUACCUGGAUAGCAAGGAGGAAGCAAACUUGAUCAGGACCUGUUGCUUCGUGGCGAGUGGCUGCGACAUGCUCCCGAGGAAGCGACCCAGGAGUGGACGUUCCAGGCUUCAGUUCCUCCUACUCUUCCUGACUCUGGGAUGUGUCCUGAUGAUGGUGAUCCUGCUGCAUCCUCCCCCGCCCACCCUGCACCAGGCUGUCACAGCUCAGGCCAGCAAACACAGCCCUGACACGGGGUACCGCCUGGACUUUGGAGACUCUCAGGAGUGGGUCCUGGAGGCUGAGACUGAAGGUGAUGAGUACAGUCUCUUGGAUGGCCUGCCAUCCUUCAUCUCCCUGCAGGAGGAUCAACUGCUGGUGGCCGUGGCCUCACCCAGAGCUAGGAGGAGUCAGAGCCAGGGCAGGAGACAGGGCAGCUACCAGUUCAUCAAACACAGGAGCAGGAGAUGGGAUGAGGAAGCCCUGGAAAAGGACUGGAGGACCGAAGAGGAUGGGGAGGAAUCAGAAGAGGUGCUGACCCCACUUGGCCCGGACUCAGAUGGCCUCAACAAGCCACUCAGUGCCCGCCUGCCCCUGAGGAGAGUCCUGCCCGAGGUGCGACACCCACUGUGUCUGCAGCAGCACCCUACAAGUGGCCUGCCUACAGCCAGCGUCAUCCUCUGCUUCCAUGAUGAGGCCUGGCCCACGCUCUUGAGAACUGUCCACAGCAUCCUGGACACAGCACCCAGGGCCCUGCUGCAGGAGAUCAUCCUUGUAGAUGACCUCAGCCAGCAAGAACUGCUGAAGUCUGCUCUCAGUGAAUAUGUGGCCAGGCUGGAGGCUGUGAAGUUGCUCAGGAGCAAUAGGAGGCUCGGCACCAUUGGAGCCCGGAUGCUGGGGGCCACCAGGGCCACAGGGGACGUGCUGGUCUUCAUGGAUGCCCACUGUGAGUGCCACCCUGGUUGGCUGGAGCCCCUCCUCAGCAGAAUAGCUGAUGACAGGAGCCGAGUGGUGUCUCCAGUCAUAGACGUGAUUGACUGGAAGACGCUUCAGUACUCCGCAUCCAAGCUGCAUCGAGGGACGCUGGAUUGGAAGCUGGAUUUCCGAUGGAAGCCCCUGGGGGAGCAGGAGCAGAAGGCCCUCCCAUCCCCCAUCAGCCCUGUCAGGAGCCCUGUGGUACCCCGAGAGGUGGUGGCCGUGGACAGACAUUACUUCCAAAACACCGGAGCAUACGAUCCCCUUCUGUCACUGGGGGAUAGUGAAAAUCUCGAGAUGUCUUUCAAGGCCUGGCUCUGCGGUGGCUCUGUUGAAAUCCUUCCCUGCUCUCGAGUGGGACACAUCUACCGAAGCCAAGAUGCCAGCUCCAGGCCUGACCCCGAGGUCGCCUUGAAGAACAAGAUCAUCAUUGCUGAGACCUGGCUAUCAUCCUUCAAGGAAACCUUCUACAGGCACAUCCCAGAGGCCUUCACCCUGAGCAAGGUUGCAAAGCCAGACUGUACAGAGCGCCUGAAGCUGCAAAGGAGGCUGGGAUGCCGGACGUUCCACUGGUUUCUGGCCAAUGUCUACCCUGAGCUGUACCCAUCUGAUCACAGGCCCAGGUUCUCUGGAAAGCUCCACAACACUGGAUUUGGCCUCUGUGCGGACUGCCAAGCAGACGGUGACAUCCUGGGCUGCCCCAUGACACUGGCUCCUUGCAGUAACAACCGGCAGCAACAGGGUACCCUUUUGGCUAUGCUAACUGCCACCCCCUCUGCCCAGAACCUGGAGCACACCGGCAGGAAGGAGAUUCUCUUCGGCGGCCCACAGCGCCUGUGCUUCGAUGUCAGAGGAGGGCGGGUGAUUCUGCAGAACUGCACGGAGGAAGGCCCCGCUAUCCAUCAGCAGCACUGGGACUUCCAGGAGGAUGGAAUGAUCAUCCAUGUUCUUUCUGGAAAAUGCAUGGAAGCUGGGGUCCAGCCAAGCAAUAAGGACUUGUACUUGCGUCAAUGUGAUGGUAAAACCAGCCAGCUGUGGAGGUUCGACCAGAUCCACCCUGUGGAUGAACGAUGAACGACCUUGACAGAGAGCAAAGAAAGGCUGGGCAUCACAUUCUCUGCUCCUGUAUGUCCUGAGCCAGCCCCUAGUGUCUGGGCUUCUGGAGUAGAAGAGAAGAGAGUACUGUCAAAACAAUCAAACAAACAACAAAAACAAAAACAUAGAAGCUCUCUCCAGGUACCUUACCACAUUGAUUGUAGACUGGUUUUUGUUGUUUGGUAUGAUUUCUCGAGACAGGGUUCUGUGGCUGUCCUGAAACUCACUCUGUAGACCAAGCUGGCCUUGAACUCAGAAAUCUGCCUGCCUCUGCCUCCCCAGUGCUGGGACUAAGAGAGCCACCACCACCUGGCUAUGUUGGCUGGGUUUUGUUUUGUUUGUUUGUUUUUUAAGAAGAAAAACAAUGGGUUGUUCAUUGUCUUCAUCACCAGAAGUGAUCAUUAUGAGGAAGGCAAAGUCUCCCCCUGCCCCCUCCCCACACCCCGCCCACACUGAGCACUUGACAUUUGCUUUUAUCCCUGACUGUGCGAAGAGGCCCCGGCAUUGUCUGGCAGCACCUCUGGGAGACAUCAAAUCCAGUAGGUGAAUUUCCCGAAGCCCUUACUCGGAGAGUGGAUGUGGCCAGCUGUGGAAGUUAACAUGAGGGCCGUGCUAUGGCCUGGCAGUCCCCACCUUCUGACUCCACUCACUAGCAUACAUUUCAUGUCCGUUCGUUGACCCCAAGCUCAAAAGGAAGCAGAGGGGGACAAGGAGGAAUGGGGUGGGGCUGGGAAGAAGACAGCAGAGAGAUUUGGUCCAACCGUCCAGCUCAGCACUGCCCCCUGAAGAGUCAGCAGACCUGGUUAAGGCAUUUUCAUCUUCGGGACAGCCUCCUUGAGACUUUCUACCUCCAUUCACCUGCUCUUAGCUCUUUUCUAGAUCACAACCAGAUUUCCCUGCAGUGUAUUCUUUCUUGGAUCACCAGUGCUGGAAGGGUCAACACAUCUGAGCAUGCUCAUGAACAAAGGUAUUACAGGAGACAAAGUCUUUUAAUGCCCGCUUAGGAGAGUCGUGUUGGCUUGAUGAGAAAUAGCAACUUUUGAAAGGGGGAAACCCAAAAUCUUUACAAGGCAAAAUAGAUCUGGCUAUUAAAUGUCCCUGAGGUUUGACUGGCUACCUAUGAGCCGAUAACAAUUGUUCAAGACCCCCUACAUGUGGCUUCCAGUUAAAUGUUCACAUGGUUGAAGGAACUCCACCUCAACCAGAGAAGAACCUAGACUCAGCCACGGGAGUUGCUGAGUAGAGUAGGCUGCUGCUGAGAAAAAAACUCUUGCCCAUUUCUUUCUGAAUGGAAAUAGCUUUCUAUCCCACCCAAGAUGUGUUUGUCCUCUGGGCUGUCUCUAAAUUCAGUUGUUUCAAAUAAGAACUGGAGAAGACAUGUGGGUAACAUGAGUAAUAUCUGUUACUUCUCCAACUUCCAAGUCAAUGCCUGAUGUUUCUCUAGCCUUAGAGGCACUCCGGAUUAACACCAUCUAAUAGCAUGGCCACAACCCCAGUGUGGCCAUUUUGUUGGAAAUUCACCACAAUUCUGGAAAUUUUCAAAUUGUUCCUUGAUUGUACUGGUUCUUUAUAGCCAUUGUACUAUGGCAAAUGGCUACUGAACCUGAGAACACAGUUAUAAAAUAGCCAACCAUCACCAACAGUAGCCCUGAAUAGCACUAGAUAGAUUCAGCCCCUACUUAGGGAAGAGUUUUAGCCACCAUCUUCUUGCUUCGGACUGGUCUAUAUCUAAAACAAACUCUUCUAACAUGAUGAGGCUGGGAUGGAGCUAAAAGUUUUCAGAUGACAACCUUGUAAAGGGCAGUAAUGGCUAAAGAGUACUUUUCAAGAUUUUUAUUUUGAAAUGAACGCUAUUAUUAGCAUUGUGAGUAGCUGAAAUUGUUGGGAUAAAUUAAUAUAGCUAAAUGAAAGACUACAUUGUGUUGUGUGUGUUCUGGUGAUUAACAAACAGACCCAGAUGGCUCACUGCUUAAUUGUUUUAACAAAACAAGAAUGUGCUAUUUGUUGCUCCUUAACUGUCCCCGUGAUUUAUUAUUUUAUUACAGAAAUGGCCAUCACCUCAGUCCCUGACUGGUACUUACAAACCCCUAAUUUAAACAGUACAGACACUUCUACUUGCUUCUGAAAAACAAUCCCCUUACAGUUUAACUAGUGUAGUGAAUUCUUAUCAGUAGUCGGUUUAGAAGAAGAGAAACUUGGCAGUGAAUUGAUCUGAUUCCUGAUUUGAUUUUGCUUGUCUGUCUGAAUUUUAUGACUCUUCAAAACAGGAAUUGUUUUUGUGAUCUGUCUCACAAAGCCCACCCCCAUUAAGGGGGUGUUAAGGAUCCUGUUGGAGUGGGCGGAGAGAAACAAGCACCAGCUGACUCCGGGCCAUACUCUUUUUGCUGUGACAACAGAUGUCAAUCCAGAAGGGCCAUGAUGUGGUCCUCUUCUGCCUUGAUGUCAUAAACCUGUAGCAAAGUCAGAGUUCCACCUUCCAUGUACAUCUGGAAGGUCCCAGCACCCAUCAUGGUGCUGCCUCAGACCAGGACGCAACAGCUCUAAGGUUAUAUCGCCACACUUGCCUUGAAGGAGCUCCAUUUUCAACUGACGUGCCAUGAGGACGCUAGUUGAACACGAAAUGACCCACCAAAUCCAGAAAUGCAAACUGGCUGCCCUUGGAAGGGGCUCUGGAAGAGUAAACAUGCAGCUGAGAGUUGAGCAAACAGGGAAACGGCAGAUGGCUCAGGGGUUACGGAGCACACACUGCUCUUACAGAGGACCUGAGCUCUGUUCUCAGUACCAACACAGGGCAACUCACAGCCAUCUUUCAUUCCAUACGCUCUUCUUUGGCAUAUGUAUAUACCCAUCUCACAGACAUGCAAACAUAUACAUAAUUAAAAAUAAAAUACAUUUUAAAAAUCUUUUAAUAGGGUAGUGGGAGGGGGCAGAGAAGCACAAAGCAGACAGGUCAAACCCACUGCAGCUGAGGCUUAAAAAAGACUUUGAGCUUUUCUAAAGUGUGACCUUUAUGACCAGGAAGGAACUGCAGCUCGCAUUCCCUCCAGCACAGGCCAUUAGCACAUUACCUGUAGCUGACGGCUACAUUUACAUACAGCCCCCAAGAACCUGAGCUGCUGUUUUGAAAGUCUUGGCCUUUCCGGAUGCAUCUCUGACAUCCUACAGGUACAAGAGGUAUCCUGAAGCAGCCAGGGUGCAGGAGUAUCAUCCAUCCACCCUGUAAUCUCCAGCUCUGGUCACAUGACUAUCAUGUGACUAUUGUGAGAGAUGUUUGUUCCUGCCACAGGAUUCAUCCCUUUCUCCCAUCUAAUUGGACUGGGAGAACACCUGGUCCAUGUUGGGCCAAUCAACACAUUCGCAUGGAUUCGUCACUAAGAAAUGAGUCUCUACGGGUGACUUGAGAGUCAAUAUGCAAAUUUAUAAGUCUUUGGCAGCCUUAGUUUCUUCUUAUGGCCCUAGGACAGAGAAUUAGAGCAGAGAGGAAGAUGGGGGUAGACCUCCUGGCUUACACAGAGAGGGUGGUGCAAACCAAGACUGAGUUGGGAAACGGAGGGGGCAAAAAUCUGGGCAGGCUGGGUGAACACCAGUGAAACUGAGUAUUUUGAGCAAAGCUGAAGUGACAGAGGAGCAGGAAGAACUAGUGUUCCUUCCCCACACCAAUGAAUGCUACAAAUCAGGAUAAAGCGCUUCAGAGAAUCAGUACUAUAAAGUUAUGUCAGACUGUGGACAAGGGUCGGGUUGGGAACUCUUCUGUGCCAGGCCAGUAUCUUGUUGGUGGGACCAUGGUCUCUUGAAAAUACUCAGCCAUGCACUGCUGUGCAGAAAGGGCCACGGAUGGAAGCAAACAAGCGAUCAGAGUUAUGUUUUAAUAAAACUUUGUUUGCAAAAAUA